UUUUUUUUUUUGUUCGACAAUGUCUUUUUCUUCUUUUUCUUCUUCUUCUUCGUUGUCUCGCUCACAGCGGCGGCCAUUACUGCUGCUGCUGCUGCCUCUGCUUGCAUUGCUGCUACUAAUGCUGCUGCUCGUCAGUUGCAUCAGCAGCGUCGAAGUGAGCGCAUUGACAGUGGAGGACUGCACCGCGCUCGAGCUGCAGUCGUGCAAUGCGUGCCUGUCAAAGACCUCGUCGUGCGGCUGGUGCAAGUCCACGGGCGCGUGCAUGCUCAACACGGACGGCACCGCGCAAUGCCCGCAGGCGUCGUGGAUCAACCCGACAGGCCAGCUGCUCCCAAACAACGUCCCAGGCGCAUCCGCAGGCGCCUUCCAGCCGAGCCCGAGCGCAAGCGUGUUUUCGCCAGCGAACGGUACUGCCCAGCUACGGAUGGGACGCGAGUUCACCUUUGAUAUCACAGUAACACCGGUGCAGUAUCCGCCGGUGGACUUUUACCUGUUGCUGGACGCGAGCAGUGGCAUGUUUAGCGACAUUCACACGCUCCAGCAGCUCCGCACCAACAUUACCGAAUGGCUCGCGUCACAGAGCCCCAGUGUCCGUUUUGGCCUGGGUGUGUUUGUUGAAAAGCCAGUGCAACCCUUCACCGACCCGGACGUCGCUUGGCCGCCAGCCAACCUGCCCACCCAAAACGUCCAGCAUCUUUUGAACUUUACGUCCGACCCCCUCGAGUUCCACGCUGCGCUGCAAGCAGUCCAAGUGUCGAGCGAUCUCGAUGCACCCAACUCCGUUCUCGAUGCCCUUUCGCAAAUCGCCCUGUGCCCAAGCAUCAUCAACUGGCGGUCGGAUGCUCGGCAGAUUGUCUUUGUUCUCACAAACGACGGCUACCAUCUCGCCAUGGACGGCCUGCGUGCACGAAUUGAGACCCCAUUCGUCCCAACAUGCCAGCUCGUCCAGCAGCCGUCGGGCGCAUUCGUUGCCCCAAUGACCACGCACGACUACCCGAGCGUCGCCGAGUUUGUUCGCGCUUUCUCGCCGUCGGGCGUUGUGCCCAUCUUUGGCGUCCCGGCCAGCCGCCCUCACCUGAGCUGGGCAUACGGCCGCCCGAAUGGCCUUGUUGAGCAGCUUGGGCAUGGCGCAGUUGUGCAGCUGGACGAGCGCGCGACCAACCUGAUGCUGCGAUUGCAGCAGGGCUACCGUGCAGUGGCCAACAGCGUGCACAUCUACGAUCCUUCCGGAAACGCCAUCGUACGCCGCGUCCAGCCGUCGUCUGCGUCUGUUCUGGACGUUACCGGCGCGCAGGUGGCCACGUCUGUGACUGUCUCGGUCACCCUCUUCACCCCGACGCGCCUCACUGCGCCGGUGACACUGGGGCUGCGUGCCUCUGGCCAGCCCGCAUCCUUCCCGAUUAUUGUGUCGGAUGGUGCGCUGGUGGCGUGCACCUCGGGCUGCGUGGGCGCGACGUGCGCCAACAACUGCUUCAAUCGUGGUGCUUGCGACUGUGGUCGAUGCGCAAACUGCACUGGCGGGUACAGCGGCUCGCAGUGUCAGACUCGUGUGGAAGACGCCUGCCCACUCAUUAACGGCCUGGCGUGCAGCGGUCACGGUACGUGCCAGGGCUUUGGGCGUUGCAAGUGCGACGACGGCUGGCAACACGGCGUGACGGGCGGUGCCAUCUUGGAAGCGACCUGCUCGUGCAGCACCGCAUCCUGCCCAGUGGACGCGAACGGCCUCUUGUGCGGCAACCAUGGCAGCUGCAGCUGCGGGCGCUGCGUGUGCGAAGGCGCGUGGUCUGGUAUCGACUGCACCUGCGACUCUUCGCUCAGCUGCCCUGCGUCCGCCAAGAACUGCGGCGGCCCCGCGCGUGGUGCGUGCGAGUGUGGCGCGUGUCGCUGUAUUGCUCCGUGGUACGGCGAGGACUGCUCGCUCUGCACUCCUGGCGAGUCGGGCUGUCCCCUCACAACGACAAGCAUCUGCCAGACCUUCUCGAACGAUUGUGCUGCGUGUGCUACCUACUCGGAUGACUAUAACACGACCUGUUUCUGGUGCAACGAUAUUAUGGCCUGCCUCCCAAGCGGCAACGAGCAGACGUGCCAGCAGAUUGUCACGGCCGCGCUUGUUGGCGACUGUCGCUGCUUGUCCGAUUGCGAGAACGACGUGUUUGUGCGCUACACGAGCGACAACACGCAGUCCUACGCGUUCACUCAAACGGCUGACACGGAUCCCGGCCCAGUCAUUGGUCUUGCUGCUGGAUGCAUGAUCUUGAUGGGGCUGUUUGUCCUUUUGGUGGCCAGGCUCAUUGUGCACCAGCAGGCCAACCAAGAGUGGAAGCGCUUCUACCAAAUCCGCAGCGACAUGCAAUCUGGCAAGGGCAAGCCGAGAAAUACCACCAGCAUGAUUCACAAUGAACUAUACGAAGGCAACACGCCAAAGUCCAAGGGUAAAGGCAAGGCCUCGAAAUCUAGCGACGAGAGCGACGCGCCCAAGAAGCGAAAGCCUGCUUCCGGCGAUGCCAAGCCCAAACGGCCUCACAAGCGGCGCAGCGACUCUGAUGACUCGGACUAGUUCAGCUGGAGUGAAAAACUCCAGGUUUGUUUGUUUUUUCUUGCGUGCGCGUGUGUGUUAGCAGUUGAUGCCAAGUUUGUGUGCAGAUUAUUGAUUUUUUGUUCUGAAUGACUACUUCUGGUGCGGUUUUUUUGGUGUGUUGGAUUGUCUCUGUGAAAAAUUGUUUGUUGUGUGUCCUCGUCGUGUUAUUACUGUUGUUGUUAUUGCUGCUGUUGAUUUCAACUUUUGAAUUUGAAAUGCUCUUCGACUUUCC